CAUUCGAGAAAUCAGAAGCUACGAAUGUUUCGACUCGUUCGACUGAUUGGUUCAUCAUCUGGCAAUCGACGUCGCUCUGUGAACGCCAAGUUGAAAGUUUAGCGAAAAUCGAGAAAUAUUCGCUCAAAAUAUUCUCUGCUUUUACUAAAUAUCAUCAUGUACGCGAAUGUUUGGUUAUGCACGUGUGUAUUCUCUUCGGUUUGGUUGGUUUAGCUGCACCUCCUUCGCGAUAAAGGUGUACAUUUGUGCUUCUUUAUCAUGAAAGAAGAGCAAGAAAGCGCAGAUUGUACAGGUGAUCAGACGGCGAGCUUAUCUGUUCGAGAUGGCGCUCGUUUUGAUUUGGCGGGAAAGUUGCGCGGCAGUUUCUGGUUUGUUGCCUGGGUUCGUCUUCAUUAGUGUCCCGCCUUGUCGAGCUGAAGGAUCAAGAAUCGUUACUUUAAAAAUUGCAUUUUUGUCAAGAGCCACUGCAAUCAUACAUUGUGUCACACGAACGUUAUUCGAUUCACGUUGAUUUAAGAGUCAACUGGUUUCAAAUCGCAAACGAAUAAAUAUCUCGUGCAAUAAUUCCUUGGUAAAGAAGCUCUUGAAGCCUUCAUCAAAAUGUCUAGUUCCAUUGGUAAACUGUACAAACGUCCUUUCACUGUGUGCAUAGAGGGCAACAUUGGAAGUGGUAAAACAACAUUUUUAAGUCACUUCAAGAAAUUUGACAAUGUUACUGUAUUAGAAGAACCUGUAGAACUUUGGCGUGAUGUGCAUGGGACGAAUCUACUGGAAUUAAUGUACAGCGAACCAUCUCGCUAUGCUUUCUUGUUUCAAUCUUACGUACAAUUGACUAUGCUCCAAUUGCACACUUGUAAAACAUCCUCGUCUUACAAAAUCAUGGAGAGGUCUGUCUAUAGUGCAAUGUGCUUCGUUGAAAAUUUAAAACGCAAUAAUGUACUGCGUGACGUUGAAGUUACAAUAUUAGAAAAUUGGUAUGACUGGUGUUUGAAAAAUGCUAAUAUAGAAACUGACUUAAUAGUAUAUUUGAGAACAACACCUGAGAUCGUAUACGAAAGAAUGAAACAACGAGGUCGAAAAGAAGAGAACGCCGUCUCGUUAGAGUAUCUGAAGCAAAUCCAUCAGGUCCAUGAUGACUGGCUCUAUCAUCAAAUUUUAAAGCCAUUGCCAUCCCCGAUUAUAACGAUAAACGGUGAUCGAGAGCUACAUGAAAUGGUGGAAGAAUUUGAUAAAUGUAAAAAUGAAAUCUUCAGCAAGGUAAUAGAUGAAAGCGAUGUAAAUAAUACGACGAUUACGGUAUCGACAAAUCGCGUGCUACCCAAAAUUAAAGCUGUUUCAGAUUAGAUCGUAAAGUAAAAGUAAUAAUUAAUUUAAAUAUGAUUGAA